GCUCUACUUCCCCUUAUUCCCCGCAGUCAGAAGACAGGACCUCAGAACUCUCAGUUUCCGUCGGACCAGAGCUCGCUGUAAACAUGGUUGAUAGAAACAUUGCACUGGAGGCUUUGGGAGCGCUCUGCAAUGGCCAUGUGACGUCUGUCCAGAAACAAAGUUCACCAGCUGCUUUCGCCAGAGCGAGCUUUCCUGCGGGAAUACAGCAGCAGCUGUCCAUCAACCUUCUCGUCUCUACUAUCACGGAUGCAGAUGAAACCUCCCCAGCGUCAAGAUCCAGCUUCUACCACAUCAAGUCAAUCCUGGAAAGCUGUCCUGCAGCUGACUUUCCUGCACUGGAUGAGCCGGUUGUGAAGAAUCUGAUUAUCGAUGAGGACGAGUUCUUUGCCCCCCAGUAUGACUAUGAUUUCACCAAGCUGACUGAGACCGAGACCUAUUGGAGAGGCGGAGAGAAAUAUGAGCGUCCAUGCGGUUGGUACCGAUUUGGACUCAAGGUGCUGGACAAGUAUUGUGAAAACACCUGGCUGGGAACUGUGUACCGAGGCACCCAGUCGUGCCCAGGGGAGUGGCCUGUGUCUUACCACGGGACGUCAAAGCAAGGUGCUGAAGGCAUCAUCGGAGAUCACUACAAGCCAGGACCAGGGCAGGCGUAUGGCAGGGGGAUUUACUCCACACCGGACAUAAGUGAGGCAAACCAAUACGCCAAAACGUUCACCUCCGGCACGAAUGGCAAGAAGUACAAAGUGAUUCUGCAGAAUCGAAUUAAUCCUAAGUACAGAAAGAAAUACUUAAACGACAGGUACUGGCUGGUCCCCAUCCCAAAGGGAACAUCAGAUGCAGCAGAGCAGGAGAUGGUAAAUAGGGCCAUCCGCCCUUAUGGCCUUCUGCUGAGAGAGGUCUAACAAAGGAAGGUCUCACUCACACACACACACAUACACACAUCUGGUGAGUUGUUGGGCUUUGAAACAGUUCCUAUCUUUUUGUAAUCCAAACAAAGUACUCUGAUGCUGUCACAUUUCAUUUGCAUAUUAAGAUGAAUAUGGAAAAGUAACAUCACAGCUGUAUGUGUGUUAUUUAGACAGAUGGAAUAAACAACG